CAGCUCUAACACAUAGAGAGGAGUCAGAAUAUCAUCAGCCGCCUCUUUCACUUCAACCCUCCUUAAACCUCAUCUCUUUCCUACUCCGCCGCUCUCUCCGUCGUCUCUCCCGUUACUCCAUUUCUCUCGACCCCUCCAGGUGAAAAUGGCUGGGAAGUCGAACAAAUCGAAGGCCAAGAGAGCGGCUCAGAGCACUACCACCAAUUCCACUACUGAUGUUAAAUCCGAUGCUCCUGCUCCUCCUGUUGCUGCUACUGUUCCUGCUACUGCUCCGGUUACUGCUGCUGCUGCUCCGGUUGCUACUGCUGCUGCUCCGGUUACUGCUCCCGAUAAUGGCACCCUCACUGCUGUUGACUCUGCGGUGCCUGAAGCCAAUGAAGUUGCUCCUACGAUUCCUAAGGCUGACGAAAGUGAGUCACAAGUUGAAAAUAACGAUGCCCAACCCAAGCAAGGUGAACUCCGUCUUUAUCCUGUGUCUGUCAAAACACAAAGUGGGGGUAAAAUGGAGCUUCAAUUGAACCCUGGAGACUCUGUGAUGGAUAUAAGGCAGUUCCUCCUUGAUGCUCCAGAGACGUGCUACUUCACUUGUUAUGAGUUGUUACUCCGCAAUAAAGAUGGAGAGACUCAUCAUUUGGAAGACUACAAUGAGAUCUCUGAAGUAGCUGACAUCACCAUUGGUGGUUGCUCCUUGGAAAUGGUUGCAGCAUUGUAUGAUGAUAGAUCUAUCAGAGCGCAUGUUCACCGUGCCAGAGAUCUUUUGUCUCUUUCAACACUUCACUCUUCUCUAUCAACAACACUUGCCUUGCAGUAUGACGCAGCACUGAACAAAGUUCAGAACCCUGGAGAUAAACCAAAGUCUGACGUUCCAGAGCUGGAAUGUUUGGGUUUUAUGGAAGAUGUGCCUGGCUCUCUCAAGAAGUUAAUAAAUUCUACAUCAGAAGAGAUCAGAUCUGUGGAAAACAUUGUGUUCUCAUCGUUCAACCCUCCUCCAAGCCACAGAAGGCUUGUAGGAGAUCUAAUAUAUUUAGAUGUUGUGACCUUGGAAGGUAACAAGUACUGCAUAACAGGCACAACCAAAACAUUUUAUGUUAAUUCCAGCUCAGGGAAUAUUCUCGAUCCAAGACCAAGUAAAUCUGGAUUUGAAGCAGCUACGCUGAUUGGACUAUUACAAAAGCUUAGCUCUAAGUUUAAAAAAGCUUUCCGUGAAGUCAUGGAAAAGAAAGCCUCUGCUCAUCCGUUUGAAAAUGUUCAAUCGCUUUUGCCACCACACUCAUGGCUAAGAACUUAUCCAGUACCCGAUCACAAGCGUGAUGCAGCGAGAGCAGAAGAAGCACUUACCAUUUCCUAUGGUAGUGAGUUAAUUGGCAUGCAGAGAGAUUGGAACGAAGAGUUGCAAUCUUGCAGAGAGUUCCCUCACACUUCUCCUCAAGAGAGGAUAUUACGAGACAGGGCACUUUACAAAGUGUCUUCUGAUUUUGUCGAUGCAGCACUUAACGGAGCUAUUGGAGUAAUCAGCCGGUGUAUACCACCCAUAAACCCAACUGAUCCAGAGUGUUUGCACAUGUAUGUGCACAACAACAUCUUUUUCAGUUUUGCUGUUGAUGCCGACAUUGAACAGCUCUCCAAGAAACGUCCAUCUAAUCAAAUGACGGAGAAGGUGUCCUCAUCUGAAAAGGUUUCAUGCACAGAAGGAACCUGCGAUAAUGAAGAGCAUAACAACUGUAAUGAGGCGCCACUUGUUGAGAAUGAGCAGGCUACGUAUGCCUCUGCAAACAAUGAUUUGAAAGGCACAAAAUUAUAUCAAGAAGCUGAUGUCCCAGGGCUAUAUAAUCUGGCAAUGGCCAUUAUUGAUUACAGAGGCCAUAGGGUUGUUGCUCAGAGUGUUCUACCGGGAAUCCUUCAAGGGGAUAAAUCAGAUGCGCUUUUGUACGGUUCAGUCGACAAUGGCAAGAAAAUAUGCUGGAAUGAAGAUUUUCAUGCUAAGGUGCUAGAGGCCGCAAAGCUUCUUCACAUUAAGGAACAUUCUGUUAUCGAUGCAUCCGAAACUGUCUUUAAGUUGGCUGCACCAGUAGAGUGCAAAGGGAUUGUUGGGAGUGAUAACAGGCAUUAUCUCUUGGACUUGAUGAGAGUGACACCUCGUGAUGCCAAUUAUACGGGCCCAGAGUCACGCUUUUGUGUCCUAAGACCAGAACUGAUCACAUCAUUUUGCCAGGCCGAAUCAUUGGAAAAAUCAAAAUUUAAAACCAAGGCUGAUGAAGGGGGCGAUGAUUCUUCUAAUGUUAGUGCUGAUACUUCUAAAGUUGGUGAUGCAUUGAUCGAUGGAGAGGCAAAUGGGGCUUCAAAUUCUGAUCAGAAAUCUAUUUCAGACAAGCAAAAUACCACUGCCGAAGAUUAUGCAGCCGGGUCUUCUGAAAGUUCCAAAUCAUGUGAUCAAAUAGCAUUUAACCCCAAUGUCUUCACUGACUUCACAUUAGGUGGCAAUCAAGAGGAGAUAGCUGCUGAUGAAGAAAAUGUGAAGAAAGUUAGCUCAUACCUUGUGGAUGUGGUCCUUCCAAAGUUUAUAGAAGAUCUUUGCACUCUCGAAGUUUCUCCAAUGGAUGGUCAGACUUUGACAGAAGCACUCCAUGCUCAUGGUGUUAAUGUUCGUUACAUUGGAAGAGUUGCUAAUGGGGUGAAGCAUUUGCCUCAUUUGUGGGACCUUUGUCUGAAUGAGAUUACUGUAAGAUCCGCAAAGCACAUUUUGAAGGACAUUCUAAGAGAUAUAGAGGAUCACGAUAUUGGAUCAGCAGUCUCACAUUUCCUCAAUUGUUUCUUUGGAAACUAUCAAACUGCUGGGGGAAAAGCUAGCGCCAACAGCUCUACUGCCAAAAAUCAAAAGAAGGAUCAACCCAUCACCAAGAAGGGUCAAGGAAGAGGGAAGGGAAAAGCUUCUUCAAAGAAAAGUUUUUCAUCGUAUAUGAUGGUUGACUCCAACAUUCUAUGGUCUGACAUUCAGGAAUUUGCCAAAGCGAAAUAUGAGUUUGAGUUGCCCGAGCUAUCAAGAACUACCGCUAAAAAAGUAUCUGUUCUUCGUAAUCUUUGCCAAAAGGUUGGUGUCAGUAUUGCUGCUCGCAAAUACGACUUCAGUGCAAACACGCCUUUUGAGACGUCAGAUAUUUUGGAUCUUCGGCCCGUAAUUAAGCACUCCGUCCCUGUAUGCUCUGAGGCUAAAGAUCUUGUUGAGAUGGGGAAGGUCCAACUGGCUGAGGGCAUGCUUAGUGAAUCCUACACGUUCUUUUCAGAGGCAUUUUCGAUACUUCAACAGGUGACUGGUCCAAUGCACAGGGAAGUUGCAAACUGCUGCAGGUACCUGGCUAUGGUUUUGUACCAUGCAGGAGAUAUGGCUGGGGCCAUAAUGCAGCAACACAAGGAACUCAUUAUUAAUGAGCGAUGCCUUGGUUUGGACCAUCCUGAUACUGCCCAUAGCUAUGGCAAUAUGGCUCUUUUCUACCAUGGACUGAAUCAGACAGAACUUGCUCUACAAAACAUGGGUCGAGCCUUGCUUCUACUUGGCCUUUCAUCUGGCCCUGACCAUCCAGAUGUUGCAGCUACAUUUAUAAAUGUUGCCAUGAUGUAUCAAGACAUGGGCAAAAUGGACACAGCUCUACGUUAUCUUCAAGAGGCUUUGAAGAAAAAUGAGAGACUUCUUGGUCCUGAACACAUUCAGACUGCAGUAUGCUACCACGCUCUUGCCAUUGCGUUCAACUGUAUGGGUGCAUUCAAGCUCUCACACCAGCAUGAGAAGAAAACAUACGACAUACUUGUUAAACAAUUGGGAGACGAUGAUUCUAGGACACGAGACUCUCUAAAUUGGAUGAAGACGUUUAAGAUGCGUGAGCUUCAGAUGACUGCACAAAAGCAGAAAGGACAGGCAGCUAAUGCAGCCAACACGCAAAAGGCUAUCGAUCUCCUAAAGGCACAUCCAGACCUGAUACAUGCGUUCCAAAACGCAGCUGCUACUGGGAGGACAAAUGCACUGAACUCUGCUGUCCUUGGGGAGACUCAACCACGGGGCAGAGGUUUUGAUGAAAGAGCAGCUCGUGCUGCAGCUGAAGUUAGGAAGAAAGCAGCUGCAAAGGGGCUACUGGUUCGCCCCCAGGGUGGUGUUCCAGUUCAAGCCAUGCCACCGCUCUCUCAGCUCCAAAACAUGAUCAAUACCGCCACAGUUUCGUCUGAGAAAGGUGGAGAAAACGGGGAGGCAAAGGUACAAGAGAAGAAAGAAUCCUCUGAAAAUGGGAAAACAGAAAACCUGGCUCCUGCAGGAUUAGGUGCUGGUUUAACAUCUUUGGAUAAGAAGAAGCAAAAAGCCAAAAAAUAAGAAACAGUAGGAUCUUGAAGGAAAAUGGUGCUCAAAGAAAGUGCACGAUUCUAAGUAGUGAAGUUGGUUUUUGUCUCUGGAAGUCGAUAAACCACUUGCUGAUUUCAUUACAUGACAACAACGCUUUUGUACGUUAAGCUUUGUUUUUCUUCCCAUUAUGUCACAACGAUUUGGGUAAGUCCCGCUUCCAGGCAUGUCUGGCUUUUUUCUUUUUUCUUUUCCCCUCACUUUUCUGCGGGUGUAAUUUUAUACCACAAAAACGUCAUUGAUUUUCUAGUAACUCCAAUAAGCUCACAGUUCACGCUUAUACCUAACCUUGCAGCCUUACUAUUUUUUUGUGCUCUAUACAAAAAUCUUUUACUUGGCUUCUUGUGUCUCUAGAGUCUAGACUUUAGAGGGACACUAGAUUGAACUCGACUAACAACGAAGAAUCAUGGAGUGGAU